AUGGGCAGAAUUAGUGGUAGAGUUUACAGCACGCACACCACGCUCAGCGCUGAGGAGACAGAGGAUGGAUAUGCGGGCGAAGAGGGAAGCAGAGGGGGCAACACACCGCACACAGCUUCAUCCACGAACACGCCAAUAGAGAAAUACAAAGACCUCGUUAAAACGGGUGUUCUCAAUGCUGAUAGUCACCAAUCCCGGGUUAUAGCCCGACUCAAUGAUCUCCAUUGCGAGCUGACGACGUAUAAUCCCAGCGCACUAUUUGCACUAGACAGCCGCAUUAGUGCAUCUACCGCGCCGCUGCCGUGGUGGAAACGGGUCAUUGGAGGUAAAUCGCAGGCGCUACUUGAUUCCGAACGCGCACAGGCCAUCGAAGAUAAACGCUCCCGUAUCCCACAUGGUCUGUAUCUCUACGGCGACGUAGGCACGGGGAAAUCAAUGCUCAUGGACCUCUUCCACAACACAGUCCCGUCCCACCUCCGCGACCGCGCGCAGAGGUGGCAUUUUCACGCGUUUAUGCAGAGCGUGCACAAGCGGAUACACGUAGCGCGCGUGGCAGGCUCUUCUGAUCCUUUAGCUGACGUGAUAGAGUUGCUAGCCCAAGAAUGCACCGUGCUCUCCUUCGAUGAAUUCCAAGUGGUCGAUAUAGUCGAUGCGAUGAUCCUGCGCAGGUUGUUCGAUGGUCUGAUCGAUCGCGGUGUUGUGGCGGUUAUGACUAGUAACAGACAUCCCGAUGAGCUGUACGCAAAUGGCAUUCAGCGCGACUCUUUCCUUCCUUGCAUCUCCCUUCUCAAGACGGCAUUUGAUGUUGUUUCUCUAAACUCGGGCACUGAUUACCGCAAAUUACCACGCGCCAGUACUAAGGUUUAUUUCUCUCCUAUCGAUUCAGCGAACAGAACGGAAUUUGAAAAGAUGUGGGAGGCCACUGCGGAUGCUACUCCUGAUGUGAUCCAUAAUAGAGAGCUGCACGUGUGGGGCCGUCCACUGCGCAUCCCACUUAGCAGCUCCGACGGCAACGUUGCGCGGUUCUCCUUUUCUCAGCUCUGCGGAAUGCCUCUCAGUGCUGCGGACUAUCUCGAGAUAGUGGCCACGUUCAACACUAUCUUUGUAGACGAUAUCCCGCAGCUCUCCCUCAAUGUGAAGGAUCAGGCCCGCCGUUUCAUCACCUUCAUUGACGCAGCUUACGAAUCGAAAGCUCGCCUCCUCCUCCUUUCGCAGGUGCCGAUUGAGGCUAUUUUCGCAGAUGAGUCAAGCAACGCAGGUGAAAUCACCGACGUGAUGCGUUCUGCGAUGGAUGAUCUGGGCCUCAACGCUGACACUGUUGGGGCGUCGUCUAUGUUCACCGGCCAGGAAGAGGUCUUCGCUUUCGCUAGAGCUGUCUCGCGUUUAAGCGAGAUGAGCAGCAGACAGUAUGCCGAACUCUCGAGUGGCGUGUAA